CCAACUCAACAUAGAACUAAGUCAUAACAUUUCUAUAAUUUUCAAAGACAACUGUGUGGGAAACUUGACAUUAACAGCUGCAUUUGAAGCAAGAUGGAGUCAGUGGUGAGAAGUGAGGUUAUUCUCUCAUUUUACAUAAUUUCCUUUGUGAUGGGCCUUCCUGCCAAUCUAGUGGCACUCUGUGCUUUUAGCAUCAAAGUCCACAGAAGUCGGCUUCCAUCAGACAUCCUGCUACUGAAUCUGACUGUGUCUGACCUGCUCUUCUUAAUCACGCUUCCUCUUAAAAUGCAUGAGGCAGCAUCAGGGAUGAAGCGGACUCUGCCCAGCUUCUUGUGCUCCAUAAACUCCUUUAUAUUCUUCUCUACGAUCUACACCAGCUCCUUGCUGCUGAUGGCAAUCAGUGUGGUUCGCUACAUAGCUGUUGCCUAUCCUAUGACCUAUCAACAACUGCAAAAAACAUUGUACCCGAUCAUUAUCAGUGCUGUUACUUGGCUGAUCUCAGCUGCACACUGCAGCAUUACUUUCAUUGUCCAGCACCACCCAUCCUUGUCAAACUCAAAUUCUUCUGUAUGCUAUGAGAAUUUCACAGAGAAGCAGCUGGAGGUUCUCCUUCCACUUCAUUUGGAGUUUUUCUUUGUGCUGUGCCUUGUACCUCUUGUAAUCUCCAUUUAUUGCUAUCUGCGAUUGAUUUUGAUUCUAUACAGCCGUCCCACGAUAUCCUGGAUGCAAAAGAGGAAGGCUAUUGGGAUGGCUUUGGGAACUCUUGCUGUGUUUCUCAUUUGUGUUCUCCCAUUCAAUUUAUCUCAUGUACUGGGUUUCUUUCAGGGUCAAAGCCCUAAAUGGAGGUACUACACAUUGCUUCUCAGCACAUUAAACACAUGUAUUGAUCCCAUCAUAUUCUAUUUUUCAUCCUCUAUCUUUCACCUCACAAGCAAAAAAUCAAUUUUCAGAAAUCUUUUUUCAUUAAGGUGAAAAAAACAAUAAUUCAGAAUUAUAAUUCAAAGGCGAUGUUCAUUCUCUCCCCACAUGAUGUGCUUUAAUUGUCAACGGGAAGCUGUUGACAAUUAACUACAUUUUAAGAAUACACUUGUAAAAACAACAAUUAUUAACAACUGUGAUUAA